AUGAUUAUUACACAAUCACUCGGAGAAGAUAUGGGAUCAGUUUUAAUGUCUUUAAUGACUGGUUGGAAAUUUGGAUGUGCGAAUACAACUUGUUUACCAUUCAUUAAGGUUAUUACACCAAAUAUUAUCAGGUGUCAAAUGGCUUGUUUAACUCAAACUCCAUGUCAAUCAGCCACUUUUCAUCGAUCAACGUCUAACUGUGAAUUGUUUGUUGAUAUGUUGAACGAAAACGGCAAUAUGUUGGCUGAUAUGGAUACUAUUAGUAUGAACGUUAUUACUAGAACACGAUCUCUACCAGAACCAACCACGACAUCGACGCCAAUACCACCAUCAUCGUCGACAACAUCAGCAUCAUCAACACCAUCGACAUCAUCAGCAUCAUUAUCGUCAACACUACCAAUAGCAUCAUCAGCGACAACAUCGUCAUCGGCAUCAUCGUCGAUACCACCAACAUCAUCGUCAACAUCAGCAAUAACAUCAUCAGCAUCGGAAUCAUCGUCGGUACCACCAACAACAUCGUCAUCAGCAUCCUCAUCAAUAGCACUAACAUCCUCGUCAUCAUCAGCAAUAACAUCAUCAGCGACAACAUUGUCAUCGGCAUCAUCAAUAUCGGAAUCAACAACAACAACAUCGUCAUCGUCAUCAACAACAUCGUCAUCGUCAUCAACAACAUCGUCAUCAACAUCAACAAUAUCGUCAUCAACAACAACAUCAACAACAUCGUCAUCAACAACAACAUCAACAACAACAACAUCGUCAUCAACAUUGUCAUCGUCAUCAACAACAACAUCAACAACAUCGUCGUCAACAACAACAUCAACAACAUCGUCAUCAACAACAACGGCAUCAAGUCAGUAA